AUGUACCAUUUAGAGAAGCCACAAAGAGAUGAUAAACAGUUUCUAACUCCCUCUUUUUCUUCCACACUCCUCGAUCAAAUUUACCGUUCGAUCGACGAGGGUGAAAGAAAAAACGGCGAAAUUAAGUUCUACAGACACACCACAAUGAGCACUAGCAAGAGACAGAGCAGGAGCAAUUCUAAAUCGAUGGACGCUGGAGACAGAAAAAUUGUCCGCGCAAAAAACGGCAGAAAAAAACUGCACUGCGACGAGGACAUCAUGUUCUUCAGCUCCACUUCGAUUUCGUCCACGGAUUCCUCCAGCCUCGGAUUCUCCUCCUCCGACACUGAAUCCAUCUCACGGGCCUCGUGUUUUGCGCCAAGGGUGGGGCGUAGAGGAGGAGGGAGCGCGUCGUUCCGGUCGGAGAAACAGGGAAUGCGCGUGUUAGACGGUUUCUGUCGGAACUCCUCCCACAGGUCCAAACACGCGCAUUCCCCGUUACCCGUCUCGAGCCGUCACCACGUGUCCGUGUCGGAACAGCAACGACAUGAACACGUGACGGCUUGCGACGAGGAGGCGCUGAUGAUCAAAUCCAAGUCGCGAGCGUUGCGGAUUUACAACAACCUUAAAAAGGUGAAACAGCCUCUUUCCCCCGGCGGCAGGGUCACGAGUUUCCUCAACUCGCUCUUCGCCAACACAAAGAAAACUACUUCUACAACUUCCCGCUCGUGCGGUGAAGGGAAUGCUCCUUCUUCUUCAUCUUCAUGUUAUUAUUCUUCCACGUGUUCCUCUGCUUCUUCGUUUUCACGGUCUUGCUUGAGCAAGACCAUGUCUUCAGAAAGGGACAGGUUGCGCAAUGGGGUGAAGCGAACGGUGCGUUUUUACCCCGUGAGUGUGAUCGUGGAUGAGGAUAGCAGGCCCUGUGGGGACAAACGCUUGUGUGAAGAGGAAGAAGCUUCUGGAGAGUUCUUAAGAGAGUACAACCGACACAACUCCAAGAUUAAGAGCAAUGAUAAUUUGGUCUUGAAGGACUUGCCUUUAAGGAAAACUAACCUUGUGGAGGAUGGUGAUGACAAUGAUGAUCAUGACGACGAUGCAUCGAGUUAUGCGAGCUCGGAUCUCUUCGAGCUUGAUCAUUUGGCUGUGUUUGGAAGUGGAAGGUAUAGUGAGGAGCUUCCGGUGUAUGAAACUACUCAUGUUAGUACUAACCGCGCCAUUGCUAAUGGCCUCAUAGUGUAA